UUAGGAAUUGUAGAUGGGUAUAUACAAGAAAGAGCAAAAUGCAAUUAUUGUUCUUUUGAAUAUGCAAGUACAGUAGUACGAUAUGAAGAACAUUUUAAAGUAUGUUCUAAUGUAAAUAUUUCUGUCUUGCAAAAAUAUUUUGGGCAAGAUUUUGAAUGUUCUAGAAUUAAUAGUCCUAAUUCUAGAUAUACAAAAAAAUGA